AUGGCAGCCGUCCCAGUAGCAGAAUUACCUGAAUGCGAAAAACAGGAACUUUUAUGUACCUACGCAGCUUUAAUAUUGCAUGAAGAAAAAAUGAGUAUAACUAAUGAAAAUAUCGUAAAGCUUAUUAAAAAAUCAAACAAUACAGUUUUACCAUACUUACCAAUGCUUUUUGAAAAGGCAUUAAAAGGAAAAGAUAUUGAGGGAUUAUUAAGCAACUUAAGUGUUGGUGGAGGUGCUCCAGCAGCUUCUGCACAAGUUGCCACUGAAACGGCGGAUGAUGGUAAAAAGGACUCUAAAAAAGAAGAGAAAGUAGAAGAGGAAGAAGAAGAAGAUGAUUUAGGUUUUUCAUUAUUCGGUUAG